AUGCCGAUUACUGCGGAUAAAUCGGUCGACCGGCAAGCGUUGGAGAAUACCACGCUGACGACUAACAAGCAAGGGCCGUGGUGGAAAGAUGCCGGCCUGUGCAAGUUGAACUUCAUGCUCUUUUUUCUGAUGUUUAGCGAGUUCACACAGGGCUAUGAUGCGUCGUUGAUCAAUAAUGUUCAGCAGUUGAAGGUCUGGCAGAAUGAUUUCAACCACCCUCAUGGGAGUCUCCUCGGUGCGAUGAGCGCUAUGUACUGGAUCGGAAAUAUCGUCGGCGUGGUGUUCAUCUCUAGUGUCUCGGACAGACUCGGUCGACGGUGGUGUCUUCUCUUCGGCGCCAUUCUGUGUCUCGCGGGAACAGGCCUCGCUACGGGAGCCUCGAAUGCCGGUCUUUUCAUCGCCGGUCGUCUUCUCCUGGGUCUAGGUGGAGUGGUUGUCGCUGCUAUCGGCCCCGUCUGGAUGGGCGAGUUGGCCUACCCUGAUCAUCGAGCGACGGCUACGGCCAUGUCCAAUACCACUUAUAGUGCAGGUGCUAUUCUUUCCGCUUGGGUGACAUUUGGAUCGUUUCGGAUGACCAGUGCCUGGGCAUGGCGAAUCCCCACCGUCUUCCAGGCUCUUCCGUCUGUGAUCCAGGCCAUCGGAUCGUUUAUACUUCCUGAAUCCCCCCGCUGGCUCAUCAGCAAAGGCCGCGAAGACGCCGCCCUCCAGAUCCUCGUCAAAUACCACGGCAACGGCAACCCCGACGACCCCGUCGUUCAGUUCGAGUUCCAGGAAAUGAAAGAAACCAUCGAGCUCGAGAUCGCGGCCAACAAUACCUCGUGGAGCGCGCUGUUCAACUCGCGCGGUAACCGCUGGCGAUCGUUCAUUCUCGUCUGGUGCGGAGUUUGCAAACAAUGGUCCGGCAACGGCCUCGUCAGCUACUACCUCGGCAGCAUGCUCAAGUCCGCCGGCAUCACGCGCGAAAUCGAAACCACCCUGAUCACCGCCACCAGCCAGAUGUUCAGCUUCGCGUGCUCACUCGCCUUCGCCUUCCUGCCGGGCCGCGUCGGUCGUCGACCCCUGCUGCUCUGGUCCAUGGCGCUCAUGUGGGUCGUCUUUGCGCUGAUCACGGCCUGCACGGGCGUCUAUGUCGAGACCGACAGUCAGCCCGCUUCGUAUGCCACUGUCGCGUUUAUCUAUUUGUAUAGUGGGGUGCAUAAUAUUGGGUGGACGGGCGCGAUGAUGUUGUAUGUGGUUGAAAUCCUGCCCUACUCGAUGCGUUCAAAGGGUAUUGCGCUGUUCUGGCUCGUUACGGGCGCGACGGGUGCGUUCAACACGUACGUCAAUCCGAUCGGGAUCGAUGCGUUUGCGUGGAAGUAUUAUUUCUUCUAUGUGGGGUGGAUUAUCGUGCAGUUUGUCGUGGUGUAUUUGUUUUUCAUUGAGACCAAAGGGCCGAGUCUCGAGCAGAUUGCGCUGCUCUUCGAUGGGAAAGAUGCCGUCGUUGGUCAUGUUAAUCCGGUGGCGGAGGAGUUCUUGGAUGAGAAGAGGACGGGCGAAGGGAAGAUGGAGACGAGGGAGAUUGAGGUUGCGAGGUAA